AUGACCCAAACACUAGAUGUUGCAGAAAAUUCUUGGUAUUUAUUCAACAUUAAACAAGCUGGAUUUUAUCGUGUUCAUUAUGCCGACAAUAACUGGGAACUAUUGACAGAACAGUUGUAUAAAGACCACCGUGCUAUUCCACUUCAUUCAAGAACACAAAUUUUGGAUGACUUAUUCAACUUAGCAAAUCGUGCUACUGUCUCAUACGAUGUCUACUUAAAUCUGACAAAAUAUUUGAAAAAAGAAGAUCAGUAUGUUGUAUGGGAAACGACUCGACGAGCACUAUCUUAUUUAGACCGUAUGCUUGCCAUGGACGAGAGUUAUGGAGCUUUUCAAGCAUAUUUGCGUACGCUUGUAGAUGAUCCUCUUAAAUCAGUGAAGUGGACAACAAUGAAAGAAGACAAAGAUCAUAUGAAGCUUAUGUUGCGCCUGACAUUAACUCGUCUAGCAUGUCAAGCUGAACAUCAUUCAUGCGUUAAAAUGGCUACGGAAUAUUACAGAAAUUGGAUGCUUAAUCCUUCACAAAAUUUGAUCCCACCAAGUUUGAGGCCAGCUGUUUAUUGCACAGCAAUUAGAAUCGGUGGACAAAAAGAAUGGGAGUUCCUAAAACAACGUUUAUUAGAAGUGGAUAUAAAAGAGGAUGAGAAAAAUAGUAUUUUACAGGCAUUGUCUUGUUCUCGUGAUAUGUGGAUAAUAAGACUGUGUGUACCAACUGUAAUCCUUAAAAUACUAUCCAAACGCCAUUACACACUAAAUAACAUACCGGAUCAAGAAGAAGUACUUGCUAUGCAAAAUUCUGGACAAAAGCUACUUGAAAAUCAUGUUCUGAAACGUGGAUUAAAUGAUUUGUUUAAAAGGUCGAAGGAAAACAUGAAAUGGACAAAAACUCAUCGUGAUGUUAUCAGUAAUUGGUUGAAUAAAAAUGUUCCCAAUACAAUCACAUUACUCUGA